AUGGGUGUUGCCAAUAUUGAAUAUAAAGUUCUCAAGUACAUACCCUUUACCAUUCCCAUUUACGAGUUUGUUACAAGAUCCUAUUUGACAGCAAUUGGUUUAAUAAUCUUAACAUAUUUUUUAUUAUUUAUCUAUAAGACUGGGGAUCAAUCAAUCAAAGCAAGAAUGAACGAGUUUGGUAGAAAUUUAAAAGACGCUGGUAAUAGCGCGUUGCGUCGAAUGGCACCAAAUAGCAAUUAUUUUUCAAAUAUUGAUGAGCAAAUCUUGCAAAGAGGAGGCUAUGUGGGUGGUUUAUUGAAUGACGGUAACUUCUGUUUUAUGAAUUCAGUUAUUCAAUCUUUAGCUUCUUCAAAAGAAUUACUAAAAUUUUUAGAUGAUGAGAUCAUUGGAAGAUAUGAAAGUCUUGAGAAGGAUUUAGUUGCUGAUGAAGAUUCUGUAUCAGAGUCAAAUGAGCAAAACGGUAAGAAACAAAAGGCUAGUAAUGGGAAAGUUUAUGGGAAGUCUAAAAAGAAACAUAAUAGGUCAGUCGACAAUGGUGAUAAUGACACAGAGCCUGAUAUUCAAUUUACUAUUGCGUUUAAAGAAUUAUUAGACAAACUUAACUAUAAGUAUUAUAAAGAAAGGCCUUAUUUUAAAACUAAUAGUAUGGUGAACAAAAUGUCCAACUCUCCAAAGAAGAGUAUGUUAAUGGCCUAUGAUCAAGAAGACGCUCAAGAAUUUUUCCAAACUAUUUUAUCUGAAUUGGAAAAGAAUAUCAAGACUCUAGAAUCUAGAAAAGAUGACAAGACACCAGUACCAGCUAAAAAUUUAUCCGAAGAUGAUAUGAUAGGUCAGGCACAUCUAGGACGCAUGGGUACUGUAUAUAUUCCAUCAGAGCAAAUUGAUCCUAAUUCAUACACUGAGGGAAGUACAGAAAAAUCCUUCACCCCUUUCAAAUUGGUUACACCAUUGGAUGGUAUUACAGCUGAAAGAAUUGGGUGCUUACAGUGCGGUGAGAAUGGUGGGAUAAGGUAUUCUGUUUUCUCCGGCCUCAGUUUGAACUUACCCAGCGAGAAUAUUGGAAGUACGUUAAAAUUAUCUUCACUUCUUAACGAGUGGAUAAAACCAGAAAUCAUUGAAGGAGUCGAAUGUAAUCGUUGUGCAUUGGAAGCAGUACGUGAACAUCUCCUGUCCCAGAUGAAGGAAAUUGACGGAUCUGCUAACACUCCUGCAAAGUUAGUAGAUGCUAUGAGAACACGUUUGGCAGAGUUAGAAGAAACUUUAAAGAAACCAGUUAUUGAUGACGAUGAUUACAAAAAGCUUCACACAGAAAAUAUGGUAAGAAAAUGCUCUAAAUCAAAGCAAGUUGUAAUUUCAAGACCUCCUGCCUUGCUUUCUAUUCACAUUAAUAGAUCAGUCUUUGAUCCAAGAACUUAUAUGAUAAGGAAAAAUAACUCGAGGGUCUUGUUCAAAUCUAGAAUGAACCUUGAACCUUGGUGCUGUGAUAUCGAUGAAAUCAAUCUGGAUGCCCGUCUUCCUAUGUCAAAAAAGCAAAAAGUUGUGGAAUCCAGUGAAGAUGAAAAUAUCGGCGGUGACUAUUAUAGUAAGCUUCACCAAAAAUUUGAAAAAGCAUUUGAGGAUGAGGACGAAGAGGAAUAUGAUGAUGAGGAUGAAGAAUACAAUAAUGGCAUAUACGAAUCUAGAAACGUAAGUGAAUAUGAUCCACUGAAUGGUGAACUGUCCUCUGACUACUCUGAAGAAGAUGAGAUAUCCUCUGAUGAAGAAGUUGAUGCAUUAGGCAAUACAAUUCCAAAAAAGAAAACUGUUACUUUGAAUGAUGGCUCAUUAACAGAAAUUUCAGUUGCAAAUGGCAAUAUUGUGGAUGGUGAUGGUAAUGAAGAUAAUAGUGAAAAUGAAGAUGACGAUGAUGAUGAUGAUGAUGGUGAUGAAAAUUACACAGAUAAUGAUGCUGAAGAUGAUGAAGCAGUUGAUUCUGACGAGAGUAAUAGAUCGCAAGAUGCUGUUCAAGCGCCACCCAUUAAUCUAGCUCCACGUUACUCGACUGUAAACCCAAGCCCACUAACAUAUGCUUUGCGUUCUGUGAUUGUUCAUUACGGAACACACAAUUAUGGUCAUUAUAUCGCAUAUAGAAAAUUCAGAGGAGUAUGGUGGAGAAUAUCAGAUGAGAGUGUGUAUGUCGUUGAUGAGGCAGAGGUCUUGUCAACUCCUGGUGUGUUCAUGUUAUUCUAUGAAUAUGAUUACGAUGAGAAAACAGGCCGUAUGAAGGACGAUAUUGAAUAUGAGUUCCAAUUGCAUAACGCGGAAAAUGGCGGAAAUAAAAAUGAUACGGAAGAAAAUCUUGAUCAAUCUGAAUUGGAAAAAGAAUCUGACUGA